AUGUACCCCUCCAAGCGUGCGUCCUCAAGUCUAACAAUAGUAACCUCUGAAGAUCGUCUAUGUCGCAGAGGCAGUAGCCCCGGUUGGGAAGAACUGUCCCCCGUUGUAAUGCUCGAGGGACAGACCGGAUCUCGGCCAGGGCAGCAAAUCAUCGUCGUAGAACAGGAGAGUGCUCGUCAACAGGGGCAGCAAAUCAUUGUCGUUGAAGAGGGGUCGCGUAGACAAGAGCCGCAACAAAUAAUUGUGGUAGAGGAGUCGAAGAGACAACAGCCGCAACCAAUCAUUGUGGUUAAGGAUGAAUCUACCAGUCGACAGGCACAACCUAUUAUCGUCUUUGAAGAAAACAAUCAACCGCCGCCACCACCGCAGAUCAUCUUCAUGGAACAAGAGUCUGGUCCUCCCCCAGAGCCCCAGAUAAUAUUUGUGCAGUCAGAGUCUCAACAAACUCCUCCAGAACCCGAGAUCAUCUUUGUGCAGUCGGAAUAUCAACAAGCACCUCCGGAACCCCAGAUCAUCUUCGUGCAGUCGGAAUCCCAACAAGCUCCUCCGGAACCCCAAAUAAUAUGCGUGCAAAGGGAGGUGGAAGAUGAGCAGGAACCCCAAAUUGUCUACAUCAAGAAAGAGAGCUCCCGAGAUGCUGUAGAUCAACAAGUUGUCUUCAUCCAAUGCGAAGACUCUCAGUGUUUCUAUCCGGACGGCAGAUAA